AUGUCUGCUUCUUCGACUGACGAAAAGGCUGUCGACAUUAAGGUAGCAAGUGGUGAGAUCUAUGAUCCUGAUCUCAUCAACCGUAUUGAGACCACCGCUUCUCUUUUGGGAAUCGAGCUCAAUAUUGAUGAAGUCAACUUCGUUGCUAGCCGAAUCAAUGUUCGUCCCUGGCAAGAGGCUGUCCAACUUCUGAAGGAAGCCUACGAGUAUCACGAAGAAGAUAUCAACAUCGAUUAUGAUGCUUUGAUGAGAAUCAAGAGACUUUCAGAGGGUCCUGAAGGUUCUCCUGAUGUGCCUCAAGAAGAGUUUGAGUUUGAAGCUCUUUUUGAGGCUGUCAUUGUUAGUGACUGGUCUCCAUACGCAGAGGUUCGUGCUGCCACCAGUUUCAUUAAUGACGACCAUAUGCCAGCUGAGACCAUUAGAAUGUACAUUGUGGGUCUUUGUUAUGCCAAUGUUGGUGCUAUUGUUGGUACCUUCUUUGGUAACCGUUAUCCUGCUAUUUCUCUGGGUUUCUUGUCCCUCCAACUUAUUAUCUAUCCUACCGGUAAAUUCCUUGAGUAUAUUCUUCCUGAUUGGGGAUUCAAGUGGGGUGGAAAGCGUUACUCUUUGAACCCCGGUCCUUGGUCUUUCAAGGAGCAAAUGUUGGCUACUCAAAUGAUGAGUGCUGUCGACGGUCCUCCAUUCUCUUUCACUGUAAUCACUCUUCAAAGAGCUACCCAAUUUUUCAAUGAGAGCUGGGCUAGUAACUACGGUUACAUGUUUUUGCUCUCUGUCAGUGCCUCAUUCACUGGUUAUGGUAUUGCUGGUCUCUUGAGAGGUUUGUUGGUUUACCCUGUUCGUUGUAUGUGGUAUGGUGUCUUGCCAUUGCUUUCCAUGAAUCGUUCUCUUGCCACUCAAGAAGUUGCCAAGGAGAAUGUUCACGGUUGGACUCUCUCUCGUUACAGAUUCCUUCUUAUCUUCGUUCUCGUCAGUUUCUGUUACUACUGGUUCCCCGAGUUCGUCUUCCAAGCCCUUUCUUAUUUCAACUGGACCACUUGGAUUUCUCCUAACAAUGUUACUUUGGCUGCUGUUACUGGUGUUUUCAGUGGUCUUGGUUUCAACCCCAUCUCUACCUUCGAUUGGUCUGUUAUUACUGGUGCUGGUAUGGUCAACCCCUUCUACACUACUUAUACUGCCUACAUUGGUCAACUUCUUGGUUUCAUCUGUAUUGUGGCCAUUUACUUCUCCAAGUCCUUCUACACUCAAUACCUUCCCAUCAAUGACCCUGGUGUGUUUGAUAACACCGGUGCUCCUUACAACAUUUCUCGUAUCUUGACUCCCCAAGGCACUUUUGAUGCCGAGGGUUACACCAAUUACUCUCCAGCCUUCUUGAGUGCUGGUAACUUGAUCACUUUUGGUGCUAACUUUGCCAUUUUCACUGCUUCCAUUGUUUAUGCCAUUCUCCACUACAGAAAGCCCAUUCAAGCCAGUAUGAAGUCAAUGUGGAUCUCUUUCAGAAGUUCCAACAAGGCCAGAAAGUUGUACAACGAUCCUUUCACCAGAAACCUUCAAGUCCACCCCGAGGUCCCUGAGUGGUGGUUUAUCCUCACUUUGUGUGUUUCCUUGGCUAUGUUCAUUAUUAUGGUCAAGGUUUUCCCCGAUACCGACACUCCUGUCUGGACUGUCUUCUUCGGUAUCGCUGUCAACUUGGUUUUCAUUAUCCCAUUCGGUCUUCUUUAUGCCACUACCAACGUUUUCCUUGAGGUUGGUGUCUUGGUUCAAGUCUUCCUUGGUUACAUGAUUCCUCACAAUGCCAAUGCCAUGAUGAUCGGUCAAUGUGUUGCUAACAACUUCUGGGAGCAAGCUCAAAACUAUAUCACCAAUCAAAAGCAAACCCACUAUGCUCGUAUUCCUUCCAGAGCUUUGUUCAGAGUUCAAUAUACCGGUACUUUGGUCACCAUUUUCACCACCUUGGCUAUCUUGAGUUGGGAGUUCACUGGUAUCAAGGACUACUGUGAUCCUCUUCAACCUCAAAAGUUCUCCUGUGCUACUGCUAGAUCCAGUUUCGCUUCCAACGUUCUCUGGGGUACCCUUGGUCCUCGUAUCUACUUGAACGGUAUUUACACUGCCUUGAAGUGGUCGUUCUUGAUUGGUUGUUUCCUUCCUGUUCCUUUCUAUUUCUUGCAACGCAAGUGGCCCGAUACAUGGAGACGUUGGAACGUUCUGGUCUUGCUCAGUGGUUUCGCUACUUGGGCUCCUUCCAACCUUUACUAUACCACUGGUAACUUCUACAUUGGUGCUCUCUUCAACUGGUACAUUAGAAAGUACUACUUGGGUUGGUGGAGAAAGUAUAACUACAUUCUUUACGCUGCUUUGAACACUGGUGUUGCUUGGGCUCAAAUCAUUGUGUUCUUUGCUACCAGUUACAACCACAUCGUUGGUAUCAACUGGUGGGGUAACUGGGUUUUCACUGGUGGUGUCAAUGCUACUGGUGCCGACUACAACAGUAUUCCUUUGGAGGCUCCUCCAGCUGUUGGCUACUUUGGACCUGCUCCAGGCCACUUUCCCAGUGCAUAG